UCUGAGUGUGACUGAGCUCACAUGCUCUCCUCAUCUCACUUCCAGUAAACCAGAACCGUCUCAGACGCUUUUCAGCAGAAUGUCAGGUGGAUCCAUAUUCUUCAAACGUGGAACCCUUUUACUGACCGUCCUGCUGAAUAUUCCAGUUUCAGGUUCUUUGGGUGAGACUCUGAGAGUGACCUGCAGUCCGCAGACUAUCUGUGCUCUGCGGGAAUCAACAGUGGACCUGCAGUGCUCUCACUCAAACACCACCAUCAGACCUCAGACCAGCUUCUGGUUCAGCCCCAAACAAAAAGCUAAAUGGAGGAACGAGGAAGAUCCAGAGGAUUUAGCUUUAGACCCAGACUACGCAGGACGAGUGAACUAUACUCAGUCCACAAACUCCCGCUCAACUCUUAGAAUAACAGACCUGAGAGAGAGAGACUCGGGAGAAUAUCACCUCAUGAUCAUCACAGAAACAGGACAGAAAUAUUCCAGCUCAACAGCAGUUACUCUAACAGUUUCAGAUCUACAGGUGAGAAUGACCAAAAAACAGAUGGCCUGGACACUGAACUGUAACACGUCCUGCAUUUUAACGUCUAAACCUCUUUGGUACAAAAAUGGACAGCAGAAACAGUUUAGAUAUCAGGACCUUUUGGUUUCACCCAUCAAUCCUGCAAGCUACUCCUGCUCUGUUAGCAGCCCCAAUAAAAUCCAUUCCAAUACAGUGUGUGUUUUUGAUGAGAACUGCUGGAGUGUGUCCUACUCAGACAGAAGAGUCUGUGCUUUGGAGGGGUCAUCAGUGGACUUUCCCUGCACUUACUCAUAUCCCAGUGAUCAGACAGUUACUGAAAUGUUCUGGUUUUACUUCGUGCCUAAAGUGGAGCCGACAGAUCUGAGUGAGGAACAGCAGUUUGCUGGUCGAGUAGAGUUUCUUGGGGAUAAAAAGAGAAACUGCACUCUGAGAAUGAGAGAUGUGAGAAAGACUGACUCUAGAGAAUAUUUCUUUAGAUUCAAAACUGACUCUGCAAGAGGGAGAUUCUCUGGUAAACCUGGAGUUAUUCUGCAGGUUACAGAUCUUCAGGUGUUGGUGAGUCCCACCACUCCACCAGAAGGACAGGCAGUAACAUUGACCUGUAUCUCCUCCUGCACUCUGCCCAACAACCCCACUUACAUCUGGUACAAGGAUGGACAGCCUGUAACUAAUAAACCCACCAGAUACAACCAGCUCUACUUGGAGUCAGCAAGCUAUACUGAUAUUCUCCAGUACUCGUGUGCUUUAGGAGAAGGUCCUAAGAAGAACGCUGUGAUGAAGCUCAUCACUGUGGGAGUGCCGGUACUUCUGGCUGUAAUACUCACAGCAUGGAUGUUAAUACGGAGCAGAAAGUUCAGCUCAGGUAUAAACCACAGGCGUCCACAGGAUGUAGAUGAUCAGGAUGAUGUCCACUACUCCACCGUUCAUUUCAAACCCUUUCAAUCACUACAAGAGGCUCCAUCCCGCACAUUCCCACUUCCUCUUCAGAACACACAGAGUCAGGAUGUUCAGUAUGCUGUUGUGAGCUUCAGCAGAUGCGCUGCUGCCACCCAGCCUCUGGACGCAGAAGCAGGUGAUGACCCGUCUCUGAUCUACCGCCAGAUCCAGAAGCACAAAUUUCCAAAAUAAGGGGACUCUGACCCUGGAGGAGGUACCGAACCUACGCAGAGAUUAGAACGUCCGGUUCUAGAUCUGUUCUACAACAAUCAACACUGCAUCCCAAUCAAACAGAUGAACAAAGAUCUAGACUGUCUAUUAUAACAUACUGGGUUGCUAUGUGGGACGUUUACUGUAGUAGUACUCUGACAGUGUUUACUACUAUGUUUCUCUGUAAUAAAAUGUACUUAAUUGUAAGUAUUUACUAAAAUGUAUUUCUAGUAAGCUCUUAUU